AAUUGUCCAGGCGUCAAGGAAGGAAGUAGAAUAUCCUAUAGGCACAGAAAUGACUUUCUUUGAUUGAUCUUUUCAUGUAGGGGUUCAGAAGUCUGGUGGCAACAACCUUGGCUCUUUUCCUGGUGUUUUCUUUUAUGGGAAACUCCAGCAGUGCACCACAGAGACUCUUUGAGAAAAGGAACUGGACUCCUCAAGCUAUGCUCUACCUGAAGGGUGCACAGGGGCGCCGCUUCAUCUCCGACCAGAGCCGGAGGAAGGACAUCUCCGACCGGCCGCUGUCGGAAAGACGAAGCCCAAACCCUCAACUACUAACUCUUCCAGAGGCAGAAGCUCUGUUACUGGCUUCCUUGCAGAAACCACAAGAAGCUGGAGAAGAAAAUUUUGAUCAAACCAGAUUCCUAGAAGACAGUCUGCUAAACUGGUGAAAAUAUGCCCAAUUGCAUUUGAUUACAGUUCUAUUGGUGAAUAAAACCCA